UAAAGUCCGUCUCCGUUUCGUUUCAACACUGGUAAGUACAUCCAUGGAUGUAAUUUAUCCUAAAGCAUUCUUAAACUUUAAAUGGGGAGAAUUUUUUUCAAAUUUUUUUUUUCUAAAUCGAGAUCGCCACCACCAUCACCCCGCAUCCCAUUUUAGUCGUUCGCGCGGUCGAUUUUUUAAUUUAGGUACCUAACUUGCUCACGAACAUCUCGAAUUGACAACCUACGUGCUCGGUACCCCCUCACUUUCGGUAGAGUAGUAACUGUUUGUUUACUGGAUUUACUAGCAAGGCGGAGCAAGUUCUCCAACUAUACAUCUAUAUAACUACCUACCUAACCUAAACAAAACAAAGCACAUUAACUAAAGUACCUGAUAUAUACUACUGCUUUCUACCGCGUUACGUAGGUGCGGACGGGCUCGAUGUCGGAUGCGGUGUAUCGUCGUAGCGGCCGGGGCGGCGCCGGCAACUUCUACUCGCAGAAAGAUAUCGAUGAGGCGGCUAAAAGAAAGUCGCAGGACUUAGAGGCGCAGACACCGCAAACCCGCGCCGACGACGAGCCGCUCGCAGACCCAGCCGACGGCCCCGCGCAACCCGCUGCGACUCCCACCGUAAGCUCUGCCAGCAACGGCGCAAGGACGUACGCGCGCGCCGGUCGCGGCGGCGCGGGAAAUUUCGUCGAUGUUCCGUCGUCGUCCGAGGUAGCUACGGUUACGGUUGCUGCUCCCUCGUCUACCCCCACAGCCCAGGACCAGGCGCACAUACAACCGCCGAGGCACUCGGGGCGCGGGGGAGCAGGCAACUGGACAUCUGAGCACGCGGGGGCGGAGCCGUACGACCAAGAGCAAGAGCGCAAGCGCCGCGAGGCUCUCGACGCGCACAUCUUACAGGAUAUCCGGGACUCGCUGCCGCAACCGCCCAAGAUCCACUAUAUGCACGGUCCGGGUCGGGGACGGAAACCGGAUCUACCUGCGGUCUAACCGGGCUGGAAAAGGAUCGUUAAAGAAUUGUGUCGAUAUUCACGAAGUAAUUUCUCUCGUUGAAAUCCUACUGUCAGGACCAAGCAUUGUGGUCCAUAUACGAAAUGGAUAAUACGUAGGAAGAGACACCAUCUGAAACUCUAAUGUCAUAUAGUAUAUCUCGAUCGUAUACACCCCCUGAUAAUGAUAAUGGUAAUACACAACG